AUGGUAUCAGAUACUUCUCCUUCCGCUGCUAUGGACACCAACCCCGUCUCGUCUCCUCGUUCCUCCCACGACGGCGACGGCGUUCUGCGCGACGCCGCUGGUGAUGCCCCUGGCGACGGCGUUCUCCACGACGCCAUCCUCCCUGAUGCCGCGGCGGUUGCCGCCGCCACGGCCGCCGCCCCGGUGCUGCUUGCUCUUCGUGCCUUCCCCUCGUCUGUCCUCCAGACGAUUGACAUUUGCCAUCACGUGACCAUCGUCCUGGAUCUCCACGGCGGCAACUACACCCAGUGGCGUCGCUUCUUCAACACCGUCGUCGGCAUGCUCAGCGUGUGCGAGCACAUCCUCGCCGAGGCUGCUCCUCUCCGCCGGCACCAUGACCCGGAGUGGGACAUGGUCGAUCACUGCAUCGUGCACUGGUUGUACACCACCAUCUCACCGGAGCUCGUCGACGCCGUCAUGCAAUUGGAAGACACGGCGGCCACGCUCUGGGCUACGAUCGAGAGCAUCUUCCGCGACAACCAGCUCUCGCGCGCGGUCUACCUCGACGCCGAGUACCACACUGUUAUCCAAGGCGACCUCACCAUCAUGCAGUACUGCGCCCGCCUCAAGUCUUUCACCGACCAGCUCCGCGACCUCGGGCAGACCAUCACCGACACGCAGCAGCUCUUCAACAUGUUGCGCGGCCUCAACACGCGGUACCACCAUGCCAUCCCUCACCUCACCUCCCGUGUCCCGCUACCGACGUUUCUGCAGGCCCGCUCUUUCCUCCUCCUUGAGGAGCAUCGUGCGGAGCAGUCCACGCGCCAGUAG